AUGAAUCGAAACUUGGUACGCCAGACCCGCCGCCGCCAGUUGCUAGGCAAUGCCAUCUUGGGAGGAAGGUGCCAUGCCCGGAUUCCUUUGACCAGCCGCCUAUACUCGACAGCCGACAGCGAGCGGCCCUUUCGAUGCGCCGUCAUUGGCUCAGGACCCGCGGGCUUCUAUGCCGCAUACCGCAUGUUGCAGAAGAUGCCAAAUGCCCGCGUCGACAUGUAUGAGGCUUUGCCGUCUCCUUAUGGUCUGGUCCGCUUUGGUGUUGCUCCAGACCAUCCAGAAGUAAAGAACUGUAUAGAUAAGUUUGUCGAAGUCGCAUCCCACCCUUCCUUUACCUUCAUUGGCAACACGACCAUCGGCUCUGCCCCUGGCUCCCUACCUUUGUCCUCGAUUGCUCCCCACUAUAACGCCCUUCUCUUCUCGUACGGCGCCUCACGAGACCGUAAGCUUGGCAUUGCUGGCGAAGACCUUAGUGGUGUCCUCUCAGCUCGUGCCUUUGUUGGCUGGUACAAUGGUCUGCCAGAAUACGCAAACCUCGCCCCUGCACUCGACAGCAGUGACGAAGCCGUUGUCAUUGGCCAAGGAAACGUUGCUCUGGAUGUCGCUAGGGUUCUUCUGUCGCCCCUGGAUAGACUACGGAACACGGACAUGACAGAAGCCGCUUUAGAGACUUUGUCCAAGAGUAGGGUGCGCAGAGUUAGAGUUGUGGGAAGAAGAGGGCCUCUGCAAGCCCCAUAUACAAUCAAGGAGGUUCGCGAGUUGAUGCAACUGCCUGGAGUCGCUUUCAACCCCGCCGAUUCAUCUCUGUUUCCGACAGAAACCAAAAAGUUACCUCGACCGCUCAUGCGCAUCGCCCAAGUCAUCGAAAAGGGCUCUCCCACUUCAGUGCAAGAAGCUGCACGCCAAUGGGAACUGCUUUACAUGCGAAGUCCAGUUGCAUUCGAGGAGAGCACUUCGAGCCCUGGCUCUCUGAGUGGUGUUCGCUUCGACGAGAUGGAGUUCACACAAGACCCAUCUUCAGUUCCUUUGAGUGAUCUGGACGCGCUACGUAGCAUGCGUGUGAAGAAGAAGGAUGCUGGCAAACAGGAAGUCCUCACGACAAAUCUUGCCUUCCGCUCUGUCGGCUACCAGUCUGAGCCUCUAGAGGGCUUUGAAGAUCUUGGUAUCACUUUCGAUCAGAAGAUGGGUAUCAUCCCCAAUGAUCUCUAUGGCAGAGUACUAAGCCCAGACAAUGGGCCAGGAGCACUUGGUGCAGGUCACGUACCCGGCAUGUACUGUGCAGGCUGGGUCAAGAGAGGUCCCACCGGUGUUAUUGCCAGUACCAUGCAGGAUGCCUUCACCAGCGCCGACAUCGUCGCCAAAGACUGGGCAGACGGUGUGACUUUCAUCGGCUCAAAUAGUGAGCCAAAGGCAGGUUGGAACGAGGUCAAGAAAGAAGCCGAGAAGCGCGGCAUCCGAAGCAUUGGCUGGGAAGACUGGCUGAAGAUUGACAAAGAGGAGAAGAGAAGAGGACAAGCCAAAGGCAAGGAAAGAGAAAAGUGCCACUCGGUCCAAGAAAUGCUCAAGAUCCUCGACGCAUAA